AGGAUGUCCCCUGUUGUCCAAAGACAGAAAAUGAAACGGAAAGGCAGAAGCCCUGCUGAGAAGCAGCAAGGUUCUUGUGAUGUGUGGUUGGAUGCUUCAGCACUCAAAAGAUGCAAAAUGAUGAACGUUGUCAGGAAGUCAGCGUUACGUAUCCUGGGCCAAUACUCUCAUCCUGCUGCAGUAUACGGGCCUCAUCCAUGCACUAAACAAACCACUAUUUCUACUUUCUUCACUGCUCAGAAAGCAGAAGUGCCUCUGCAGUGCCUCAACUUAGGAAACUUGCCAAUUCUGGAGGAUGAGCUGGCAUGGAGGAAUCUUGGUGUCCAAGUAACAGACAGGCUUUAUAUGGCCAAGGGUUCUGUCCAAGUCGCUGUCUUGGCAAAGCUUCUGAGGACUGCAGUAAAUCAAACAGAGACCAGGGUUGCACCUGCCAUUUCACUAGACUGCUAUAUAAAGGCUGUGUAUUUGAUCUCUUGGCUGACUCAGAUUCCACUGCUUUUGGCAGGGGAAAAGGACGUCGACCCAAACAAACGGUUAUUGGCCUCUGCGUCAAACAGCACCAUCGGCCUAAAAGACCACGAACUGCUUAGAGGGAAAAGAACCAUGGCCCCAACUUCUGUCCUUCAACCAUCAGGCCUGCAAGACUGCAAACCACCACCUGCGGAGUCAACCAGCGGCUUGCGUCUCCUCCCUUGCUGUUCUCUCCCCGCUCGAGCCCAGAGUCAUGGCGGCAUCCUUCGUGGGGCUAGGGGGGAAGAUGCCGUCACAGAGGGGGAGGCCUUCCUAGCCACAGACCUCACUCAGCACCUAGAAGAAAAGGGGGGUCUCGAGCAGCAGAUGGCUCCUAUGUCGCCUCUGAAAGAAAAAAACGGAUGGCAAGGAGAAAAAAGCCCCACUUCCUUUUCUCGGGGUAGCCAAGGCUUUAAAAUAAUUUCAAGCCAAAGAACCAAUGCAGGGAAAAGGCGCAGACCCCCUUCUUAUACAGAUGCUACUUUUGUGGACCUCUGUGACUCUGAAAAUAGGGACCCUGAGCUGGAAGAACACACACCGGAAGCAGCAUUUUUGACAGAUUCCAACCAAACCGCGUCUGGAUUCUGCAAGAAGCACAAGAACACCAUCGGCAGUGGGGAGAAAGGCCACGAGAACGGCUCCCUAGCUCCGACUUGGCCGCUGUUCACGCAGGACUCUGAGGGCCACAAAGUGAUUUUGCACCGCUUCUGGGGUGAGCGAGGUGCACCGCCUCUGCCAGAGGAGCCUCGGUGGGGCCCAAGCAGCACCGUGAGAAGCUCCUUCUGUGAGGGCUGCUUCGGAGAUGGUUGCUCCAGAGAGAGAAGCCCCUCCGGGUCUCUGGGCGUGAGGCGCUUCUCUCUUCUGACAGACAGCAGUGAAAAGUCAUGUUAUGACUUGCUAUUCACAGAGGAUUCGGAAGGCAAUAAAGUCAUUAAACAUUAA